UUCCUGCGGCUUCGCCUGCGCCGGGCGCCGGGAGCAGCGGCGGGGGAGCGCGGGUGGAGCCCCCGGGGGAGUCCCCGCGGAGCCCCCCCCCGGCCCCCGGGCGGCCGCCACCAUGGUGCAGAAAUCCCGCAACGGAGGCGUUUACCCGGGGCCGGCAGCCGAGAAGAAGCUCAAGGUGGGCUUCGUGGGCUUGGAUCCCGGAGCUCCGGACUCCAGCCGGGACGGGGCGCUCCUCAUCGCCGGCUCCGAGAGCACCAAACGGGGCAGCAUCCUCAGCAAGCCCCGCUCCGGGGUGUCGGGGAGCGGCAAGCCCCCCAAAAGGAAUGCUUUUUACCGCAAGCUGCAGAAUUUCCUCUACAACGUGCUGGAGAGACCGCGGGGCUGGGCUUUCAUUUACCACGCAUACGUUUUCCUACUAGUUUUCUCCUGCCUGGUGCUGUCUGUCUUUUCAACCAUCGAUGAGUACCAGAACAGCUCAGAGGGUGCCCUUUACAUUCUGGAAAUUGUCACCAUCGUGGUGUUUGGGGUCGAGUACUUUGUAAGGAUCUGGGCGGCUGGCUGCUGCUGCCGGUACCGGGGCUGGAGGGGAAGGUUGAAAUUUGCCCGCAAGCCUUUCUGCGUCAUCGACAUCAUGGUGCUGAUCGCAUCCAUCGCCGUGCUGGCGGCGGGGUCCCAAGGGAAUGUCUUUGCCACCUCGGCGCUCAGGAGUUUGAGGUUCCUGCAGAUCCUGCGCAUGAUCCGCAUGGACCGGCGCGGCGGCACCUGGAAGCUGCUGGGCUCCGUGGUCUACGCGCACAGCAAGGAGCUGAUUACUGCCUGGUAUAUUGGCUUCCUGUGCCUCAUUCUGGCCUCUUUCCUGGUGUACUUGGCCGAGAAAGGAGAAAAUGAGCACUUUGAUACAUACGCAGAUGCACUCUGGUGGGGUCUGAUCACCCUCACCACCAUCGGCUACGGGGACAAGUACCCCCAGACCUGGAACGGGCGGCUGCUGGCGGCGACCUUCACCCUCAUCGGCGUCUCCUUCUUCGCCCUCCCGGCCGGCAUUUUAGGCUCAGGGUUUGCUCUGAAGGUUCAAGAGCAGCAUCGGCAAAAACACUUCGAGAAGAGGCGGAACCCAGCAGCGGGCCUGAUUCAGGCGGCUUGGAGGUUUUACGCCACCAACCUGUCCCGGACGGACCUGCACUCCACCUGGCAGUACUACGAGCGCACCGUCACCGUCCCCAUGUACAGCACGCAAACGCAAACGUACGGUGCCUCCAGACUCAUCCCGCCUCUGAACCAGCUGGAGCUCCUGAGGAACCUGAAGAGCAAAUCGGGACUAACAUUCAGGAAAGAGCAGCAGCCCGAACCAUCGCCAAGUAAAAGCAAACCGUGCAGGGAGUCACUUUGCGGAUGCUGCUCAGGAAACUCUAGUCAGAAGGUCAGUUUGAAAGAUCGUGUCUUCUCCAGUCCCCGCGGUGCUGGCACCAAAGGGAAAGGCUCUCCACAGGCUCAGGGCAUCCGGAGGUCCCCCAGCGCUGACCAGAGCAUCGAGGACAGCCCGAGCAAGGUGCCCAAGAGCUGGAGUUUUGGAGACCGCAGCCGAGCCCGGCAGGCUUUCCGCAUCAAGGGAGCUGCAUCACGGCAAAACUCAGAAGAAGCGAGCCUCCCCGGAGAAGACAUUCCUGACGAGAACAAAAGCUGCAACUGUGAGUUUGUGACUGAAGAUUUAACGCCGGGACUGAAAGUCAGCAUCAGGGCAGUGUGCAUUAUGCGAUUUCUCGUCUCCAAGCGCAAGUUUAAGGAGAGCCUUCGGCCCUACGACGUGAUGGACGUCAUCGAGCAGUACUCGGCCGGUCACCUGGACAUGCUCUCCCGGAUUAAAAACCUUCAGUCCAGGAUAGAUAUGAUUGUGGGUCCCCCGCCCCCUUCAACUCCCCGGCAUAAGAAGUAUCCAACCAAAGGACCCAUGUAUUCUUCCAAAGAAUCUCCCCAAUACUCGCCUAGAGUUGACCAGAUCGUUGGGAGAGGAUCCUCCAUGACCGACAAGGAUCGGACCAAAGGGCCAGCCGAAGGGGAGAUGCCUGAAGACCCCAGCAUGAUGGGAAGGCUUGGAAAAGUUGAAAAACAGGUUCAGUCGAUGGAGAAGAAGCUGGACUUCCUGGUGAACAUUUACAUGCAGAGGAUGGGCAUCCCACCAACGGAGACGGAGGCCUAUUUUGGCUCCAAAGAACCCGACCCGGCACCUCCCUACCACAGCCCAGAAGACAGCAGGGAGCACAUUGACAAGAACGGCUGCAUCAUCAAGAUCAUCAGGUCCACCAGUUCCAUGGGUCAGAAGAACUUCUCUGCCCCGCCGGCCCCGACCAACACGUGCCCGCCCUCGACCUCGUGCCAGCAGCAGGCCUACCAGCGGCAGAGCCACGGCUCCUCGCCCGUCGGAGACCCUGGCUCGCUCGUCCGCAUCCCGCCGCCGCCCUCGCACGAGCGCUCCUUGUCGGCCUACAGCGGCGGGCACAGGGCGAGCGCGGAGUACCUGCGGAACGAAGACAUUACAACCAAACACCACGAGAGUGCCCUGAGAGACAGCGACACCUCCAUCUCCAUCCCCUCGGUAGACCACGAGGAACUGGAGCGCUCUUUCAGCGGCUUUAGCAUUUCCCAGUCCAAAGAGAAUUUGGACAUCCUAAACAACGGUUGCUAUGCAGCCGUGGCCAAAAUCAGACCCUACAUCGCAGAAGGGGAAUCGGACACCGAUUCUGACCUCUGCACACCCUGUGGGCCUCCUCCCAGGUCAGCCACGGGCGAGGGACCUUUCAGUGACAUGGGCUGGUCAGCACCCCGGCAGUGAGGCCUCCUCGCAGCCGCCGAGCCACGUCCGAGCACCGGUAGCUGCCCGCUCCAGCUGUCCACACAUCGAACUUCUCAAGGAGAUAGACAGCUAAGGGUUUCCUCCAUCUAGGACAUCCUUAGCUGGCGGAGACUUUCUUGCAGCUUACUCUGGGGGGGUUACAAGCAGGUCCAAGCCUGCAGUUGUGGAAGAGGUGACGGUGGUGAGCGAACUGGAACCGGCAAGUCCGGAUUUCUUUCAUACGCUCUUUCUAAGAUCAUUAGGUGAAAUAAUUUCAUGGUGCAGGACAGGCAAUUUGCAUUUCUUGGGAAUUUUCAGAGAUGCAGGGCAGGAAUAAAUCACCCGGUCAGGGCUUUUGGAGGUCACAGUGACUGGUGGCUGACCAGUGUUAUGUGGGAAUUGCCAUCCCAUGGCACUGGCAAUGACACCUUCAGGUAUUUUGGAGUUGUGGAAUGAACACUUGUCUGUUUCUGGCUUAGACUUCAGGUCGCAUGAAAAUUACGGGGGUGUUUUUACUCUGUGGUUCCUCGAUGACCAUCAGGCAGGUGGUAUAAUUCCAAUAUAAUACAUGGAAAUGUUGCGUAGGCCCCCAGAGGAGAGGGAUGGGGGCUGGAAUAUUUGCAUCAUCAGAAGACUUGACCUCAGAGCUGGACAGGUUAUAGGAUACUGUUCUGAACCAGAAUGGUUUGGAAAUUUAGGAAACUGAAAAACUAAGAAAUAAGAGCUUUCAUGCUCAUAUUUCAUACAUAUUUCUGAGACAACCCAGAGAGCAGAGAAAUAAGACAGAGAAGGAGGACAAGAGACUAUGUGGCUGGAAUUUUAUAUUUUAAACCAUGUAUUAUAUUUAAUUAUCUCUCCUCCUGUUGACAUGACCUGGAGGUGCUUUGGAAGCAAAGGCAAAUGAAAGACAACCCAUCUGGAGGGCUGCUGUGGUGUGAAGCCAUUCUCACAUCCAGCAGUGCUGUGCUGGAGUCACAGCAACACCAGCCCAAAGGGAGAGGGUGGAUAUGCAAGAUGCUGUGGUCCCCGCGUUGCUGCGAGUUACAUGCUGAGCUCCAUCCUUUUGAAGCCCUGUUGGCCAGAGUUGGGCCCUUUUCUUAAAGUUUGCAUUGUGCCUGAACACUUUUGCACACACUAAGCCCCAUGAAAAUCUUCCCCUUCCUCUUCUGCCCUGCCAAGAAUCGCACACCCGUGUCCUCUGGACAUCGUUGGGUUGUUUGGAUCCCUCAAGCUGAGUUAAGAGGUACUUCUUCAUUUCUUCACGAUCUUUCAGAAGCCUCUUCUCUGUGCGUGCCCACAAGUUGUGCCAAUCCAAGUCUGUCCCAUUUUGCUGGUUUUGUUUGUCUUGGAAAGACCAUUGUGUUGCUGUCAGGAACCUCAGCAGUGCAUUCAGCUGGGGGAAGGCAAGGGAGAAAGUGAUGCCUAAAGUUGCUUUUGGGACCAGAACAAACCCACCAAGUGAUCCUUUACAUUAAUAAGAAUUUAUUAUUAUUAUUAUUAUUAUUAUUUUUGCAAGGGGAUGGAUCAGACAAAGUGUGUUGUGGGAUCCAUCCCCGAGGCUGGGACACCAUGGCCAGUGCUGUGCCUCUGAACCCUCCCGUGCAUCUACAGCCCAAAUCCCAUGUGUUUUCUGCAAGGGUCAGGGCUGUAUCUGUGAUUUCAAACCCCGUCUUUGCUGUGUGCACCAAGAGCUUGUUAAGGUAUUUAGGUGACAGCUUCAUUUCUGCAUGGCCUUUGAGAGGGUGAACUUUUUUGGGCAAAAGGGAGAAUCACAGCCUUCUCUCCUCCCAUUUGCUUGGCAGCAACCAGGGGAGACCCAGGACUAUUUUGGCCCUAGGGAAGACAUGGGAGCAGUAUGAGAGCUUGCAGACAGGAAAUAAAUCCAUCCUUUUGCUAGUGCUCAGGACUAACACACAGGUCUUCACAUGGGAUUGAUGAGUGGGGAAAGGCCCUGCACAAUUUUUUUCUGCCAUUUUUCAUCAUUCAGAAGGGAAAAACAUUUUUCUCAGAGGGAACUUUGAUUUCCAGCCUUGCUAUUUCCCUCAUUUCCAACUUGAUCUUUUUCCUUCUGUAGUUUUUCCCUCUCUGAUUUUGUUCCCACACUACUUUUGGCUCCAGAUUUCUGUGUGCAAAGUGAACUCAGUGAUGUCCUUGACUUCAGUACCGAGACCUUUUGUCUUUGAGAGCAAAAUGGCUGUAAAUUGUGCAGAUUUGCCCUUGGCGUGUUGCAAAAUUAGAUACCUUCUGGUAGAACAAUAAAUGUCAGCAGGUCCCACAUCAGACUAGGAGGCAUGUCUUUUCUAGUGACCGCAAGAAUGGAAAUGGCACUGGGUGAGGCAAAUUUCAACAUUGGUCCAGCCUGCUUGCUCGCUGUGAAUUUUCUCUAAAUCAGAGAUUACAAACAUCUGUUAUCUCUUUUCUUUUUAUUUAUUUAUUUUUAAUAUUUUUUGCAACUAUUUUUUAAGGCCUGCUGGAAAUUUGGCACAGAAGUGUACAAUAUACAGGCAGAAGCUGCAGAUGAGGAUGAGGAUGAUGUUGUGCCAUCCUGUUACCACGAAGGUAAAUGCCUUGCCUUUAAUAUAGGAGGUAAAGUCAACAGGACAUGAAGGCACAAUUUCUGUGGGAUAUAAUUUUCAUCGUGUCCGAAAUUUGAAGCUGUAUUGCCUCUAUUUUGAAUGUGCAUUUCCCAGUUCUUACUGUAAAACCCUUCUCUCUUGCCCAGCUCAUGUUACACCCUUGAUCGCUUAUAAUGCCAGUGAGUCCUGAGAAGCAGUUCCACCGUGCCCUCUGAGUUUUCUACAUGCUGAAAUCUGUCAGUCUUUUGUCUCCUUUAGGGACUGCAUAGGAAGAAUUGUGUUUUCCCUCUUCAAGUAAGUUACUACUCUGAAGUUUAUAAAGAUCUCCUAACUUACAGCUUUAAAAGGUGUUAGAUUUGUCCCACCUGAUAACAGAAAAUGGGUUUUAUAGCUGUGCAGCACAGAUUGCAUCUUGCUGCUAAAAAUUUCAUAGAGAAUUGUUUGGAAGAGAUAAGUGAUAUUGCAUCGUUAUCCAUGGCAUCAUUUCAAAGAAAUUCUGACCCCCCUGCCCCAUCCACAGCCAUGCCAUAAAUCACCAUUUCUUAUUCAUCCAGGCAAAAAGGCUUGACCUGGAUUUUUGGGUUAAAUUAUACCAGAAUUAAUUUGGGCCCGUGUGAAUAGGAGCAGAGCCUGCUCUAACUAAAGGUUUUGUUCCUUAUCAACAAAAGUCAUUUCAUUCCUGUUCUAAAUCACAGUUCAAUACUCCCUGAAGAGUCUUCACUUUCAGACCAAUUUCCCCAUGCCCAUAUCACACACUCCUGGUGAUAAUCUCCCCCAAAAGUCUUAACCACUAGCUUAGAAGAAAACAGGUUGUUUAUGUUUCGCUAAUAAGGCAGUUCCAGUGAUAAAGACCUAUAAAAAGAUGUGCAGGCCAACUUUGUCCUUCUACUGAGCCUCUCUUGGGCUGGUCUUUGUUCCCCUCUUCCUGCCGUGUCUGGUUCCCUAUUUUUUGGCAGACACUGAGGGACCAAAACAAGUUUUAGACCAUGCCAAAUGUGGACACAGGAGAGCUGAAGAACACGUGAAGGCCAAAUUUCCAGCAGGCCGUCUUGAAGUGCUCCAGGGGUAUCGGUGCUCACAUGUGCACAGAGCCUGCUUUGAGAUGCAGGAGGUGAAGCUGUGGCCUUGAACCAGAGCCCAGGAUCUGGUCUCCGAGAAACUUCUGGACUUUUUUUUUUUUCAAAAUCUGGGUCCGGGUAAAAUACUACAGACUAUCCUGCCUGUGGGAUGGGGCAACCCCUGAGAGCGGGACCUGAAGUCCCAGUCAGUUUUUGGGUGCUUCAAGUCCAAGCGUGAGUUCAAGUUGUCUGAGGAGGUCGUAUCUCUGAAGAGGAGAUGUGGCCGGAGAUGUUGCAUGCUCUGUGCAGGUGGCCUUUCAUAACGUGACCCUGAGACAUGAGAACAAAGCACUAGCCAUAAGUCAAAUUUCCCAACAUUUGGGAAGAGACUUUAAUGUUACUCAAGUGCAGAUUUUGUAUGUGAAUUUCCUUGUUGACUCAUUUUCUUAUUAGUAAUUUUUAAAACAGAUAUAUCCAGGAACUCAUUGAAAAAAACCUCUUGUUCAGCUCAGAAAGCCAUUCCUUUUCUUUAGACAGACUAUGCGACAGAUCAGGUUUUCUAAAAAUGUAUUUUGUUUCAAACGCUGCUUAAUAAAUCCAAUUAAAUCCUGCAGGGCCAUUGCUAUUUACAGAUAAAUAGGUCUAUUUUUACACUUUUAAUUGAUUUUUAAGAUUUUAAAUUAUGUGAAUUUUUAGAACAAGUUUGUAUAAUCUACCUGAGAAGCCAGAGUGUCACUGCAGAUACAAGUGCUCCCCUUCCUAACAUUUACCCGAGAGAAACGAAAAAUGUAUUUGCUCAUAUUUUUCUCAGGAGGGAGCUACUGCAAACCUCAUUUCCCUUAUAUCCUCAGACCAUUAUGAUCACAGCAACAAUAUUGCUAAAAACAAAAUAAAGAGAAACUGAAGUUUCUGUCCUGAAGAAGCCAGAGGAGGAAAUCCAGGGUUAGGCUGAACCAGCAGGUACCACAGGUGCAGCCAGCUUGUCGGGGCCAGCCAGGCUCCAGCUGGGUGUUCAGCUGGUGGUGUGAAGUAGGAUUUUCUUGUUUCUCACCCAGAAAGGCUUCCUCUUGCCUAAACAGCAACUGCUACAGCCUUGUGAAAAAUUCAUCUUACAGGAGAGCAGGAGAUGAUACUGGCUUGCUUCAGGACACCCGUAAGAAGAAAUUCCUUAGGAAUAUAUAUGAGCUAUCCCAUAUAAAGACCUGUAGUGUCAAGAAUUUUAUCGAGAUCUCAUUACAAAGCCUAGGAGCAGGCUGAGGCUUUCUAUUUCUCCAUCCACGCUCACAUGAGCCUUCAGGUCGAGCGAGCCUCUUGUCUCUGUCCUUUCCUCCGUGUGCCAGCAGUGCUCCGAGCCUCGACUGUGUGCCCUCGUCCUCCCGCACCCACUCCCCCUUUUGGACCAGCGUUUUCUGUUUUGGUCAGCUUCCUUUCCAUGAACCAGGAACAAGGAAAUCAGAUACAAAAGCUCCUUCACCUGCACGUAACAUUGAGGCUGCGACGUGGAGGGAUGUGGCAUGGGGGUGCAAAAGCGAAGUCUUGCUUUUAGCACACAAACUUUUCUGUGUCACAGCGCAAAAGCUGCUUAGGGCAAGGCUGUGGGUUGGUUGGUUUUUUUUUAACAAUAACAAUAGGGUUUUUUAAAUAAUAAUGAUAAUAAUAAUGCAUAGGAAUCUUCUUUAGUAUAUCCUUAGUGUUUGAUGCCCCAGUGACACAAUACUGCUUGCCUUAUGUUAGUGUCUAGAGGGAGAGGGAUUACACACAUUUUGAUACAGUAUUAAUCACGCUUGUAAUUUAGGUAGCAGCAAGGAGCGGCUGCUGAAGGAGGAGCAGCCGAGUCCUUUUUAAUGUAUGAAUGUGCUUUCCAGACUAUCUCACUGACUGUACUCUCAAUUUUGCCUGCUACUGCAUGCAGCCUGAGAUGAGUAGACAGCAAUACGCUCCAGCUGUAUCUGCACUCCCAGAUUGCUGUAGUACCUGAAGAAGUCACAUUGCCAAAAGCAUCACUUUGGGGAGAGGCCAUCCUCCCAGAGACCCAUCCCGUAGGGUGCUGCGGUGCUUCUGUAGGUAACACUGAUAUACCACGUGUCUUUCAUGCUGCGACCGAUCAUUGUCCCGUCCCUCUGAUAAAGCAUGCACAAACUCCACUUCUACUACUUGUUAAUAAGGGGUAAAAACCACAGGUCUGGAGCCUGUGGUUCAUUGAAAUGUGUACAUGGGGAGCAAAUGAGAAAAUAAUGUGAGUUGCAUUGGCUGCGCAUAGCACGCUCCUUUCCUCCCAGAUGCCUCGGAAGAAGAGCAUCUCAGAUACCCUUUCUCAAGAGGCUGGAGGAGCAGGCAGAGCAUGGCAGGCAAUGCCAAGGGCAGAGGCCUUGCCUUCAUUUAAGAGAUGCCAUUUGAUCCCACAUGUGUGGGACUUGCCAUAUUUCUAAUUCCCGUAGGACUCUUUCUCCUGCACCCAGCUCUGGUGUAUGUGUGGGUUUGUACCCGCAGCCCAGUCCAAGGGGCGGGGGGAUGUGACUCCUAGACUUCGGAAACCCUCUUUGGAGAUUUUAUCAAUGCUUGUCUACAGCACUCGGGGAUCUUGGGGACCCUGCAGCUGUGCCAUAUCUGUACUUCAUGGAAGCAUCUCUUCCUCUCCUUGUGGAGGGGCACUGAGCUGCCUUCCUGUUGCCAUAAAAGUUUUGCCACUCUUUUCCCCUCUGUUAGCAGACUCACAAGGCCUUCAGAGUUUGCCCACAUUGCUGCUGUUGCAGUCUUUUUGUGUCUCUUGUGCUGCAAUCUAGUUUGACACUGGUCCUGUGUCCUCACCUUCCUUGUCCAGACCAUGUACAAGAAACAUGUAAUGCCAGAACUCUUUCGGCCUGGCAUCUCUAGCUGCCCCGGAGAGUCUCUAUGUCUUGUUAGCAUGACGGUUUUGUUUUUUCUUGGCACUUUAUUUGUUUCCCUGUUGAGCCACCAUGGCCUCAACACAUUUCUGGUUUGUUCUGCUGGAGCCUCCAGUGCAGGGGUGGAUGGGGUCUGUUUUGCCCCUCUGCACAGUACUUGUAAAGUUUUUUUUUUUUUUUUUUUUCCCUUUGGCUAGAGACGAUUGCAAUGAAAUAGGGAUGGGGGCUGAGUUCUGGUUUUCAUGCCAAGCUGAACAUCUCAAAGAAGAGCUCACAGACUAACAGUGUCAAUGCUUUUGGUCCCUGAAGCAAGAGCUGCCUUCCAGACCCUUGUCUCCUUCAGCAGUGCACGCAUGUGGCUUUGUCUGCCACGCUCCAGCUUGGUGACAGGGAGACACAGAAAGCAGCUAGUCCAGGCUGUGCUAUUUCCAAAGCUGCCAGUGAACCUGAGAGCAUCUUCCCUUCUCCUGAUUUCUGUAAAUACAGCCUCAGAUUAAUUGUUCAAGCAGCAUCUCUUUGCCUAGUCCUGAGAAACUUGAGCUAACUGCAAUUACAAAGCUUUCAGAAACUCAGUGCCAAGCUCAGGCUAGAUUUCACCUGCAGCUAUGCCUAUAACGUUAGGGCAGGGAUAGUGGUUUCAGGUACAAACCAUGCCAAACUCUCUGUUUGGGAUGGUUCUGGCCCAAAACUAGGGCUGAAUGUCACGCUGCCGGUGAAGCCUCCCCUGGAAUUUCAGCUCCAUUUGACACUGCUGGCCGUGGACGCGGGGAGAAGCUUCCUCCUUCCCACUGCACACAAGAAAAGGCUGGCACAAACCUUGCAAGCCCAGAUGAGAAAAUCCCUCCACAUUUUAGCAUGCCGUGGGCACUUCCCACUAGUAGAAGUGGCAUUUCACUGUAACCCACAAUGACCAUGACCCGAUAUUUCACACGUGCAGUGAUGCUCGUGAAGAGCAUUUUUUACAGAUGGGAAUGCAGAGGGCUCAUUCCUCUAACAUCUCUGUAGACAUUGAGUUCAGUCCUUGCUGAUAGCCUGAAAAAGUCAUCAAAACUGGUGACAGGUCUCUAAAGUCCUGCCUGGUUAUCCACACUGGUCCACAUCUUCCUAAAAUCUGAAUUAGGAAUUUUCUUAUUUUUUUUUUUUUUUCCUCCAAAAAAUCAUAUACCUGUGUAGAGAACCUGAGACUUUCAGGAACAACAGAGGCUAAACAAGAUACAGCUGGUAAUUAACUAACUCAAGAGCAGAUUUUAAACAUAGUUGCAGUUGCUGCAAGCUAUAUCAAAUGCUUUAGGAGAUUCAAUAAAUUAUUCUCAUAAAUGUUUUAUUCCUUUAUCAGUAAUUCCUAUAGGUGGGUGCCACUGUUCUUAUACAGCAAUGCCCCGUACACUAAAACUAUACUCCUGUUUCUCCAGUAUAGCCAUUGUAUUUAAGAAAUUUAUCUUGCUUGGUGUCACUUUGGCACAGUAUCCACAUAUACUGCACACAGAUUGCACAUUACAUGCCAAAUGCUGAUAGGUAUCCUUACGUGAAUAAGCCUAUGUGUGUUGAAGCGACACCAAACCAAGUGUUAUCUGCCUGUUCAGUGGUGUGACUCAACAUAACUAGGACAAGAGGAAAACGAAGAUCCUCUUUGGUUAAGAAAUACACUGCAUUUGAAUGCUUCCUUAACCAGAUUUGACCAGGAAGCUAAAAUAAACAAGAUUGUUUCUGCAAUGUUACCUAAAAAAAUACCGGAGCAAAACAAACACACACAGCCCUAAAACACUUAACUGCUGCAUUUCUAUAUAUUGUUCAUUGCUGUUCAUCUGAACUGUAAAUUCUGUACAGGCCGAAUGAAGUUCACGGUUCGCCAUAACCUGCAAGAUAAAAGGACAACACGACUUUGGCUGCAAAAGCGUGCAUGCUGUUUGCACACGUGCACGUGCAUAUUGCUGUAUGUGUAGGUGUGUACAGACACGUGCGCAUACAAGCCUUAAGGCAGACAAUUUUGCAUCUAAGAUGCACAGGGGAAAAGUUCUUUCUUCGGUGGCGGGAAAGUUGGUAAAACCAAAUAAAUAAAAAAAAAACUUUUGAUAUGUUUGUUUAUGAAAAAGGAAGAUUCCGAUUGCCCCUAUACUGAGGUUUCACCAACCUCAUCAAAAGAUUCUCCCUCUAGGAUUUAAAUUUGCCCUUAUUUCCACAGAUAUAAGAUUGGGUAGAACUUAUCCUCCAGUGUUUAACCUAAAUCAGACAUAAGCGGGAAGAGCUAAAUUUUCUGGUUAAAUUCUGCUGAAUGCUACUCAAAAAAAUGGUAAUCCAAUUCUUGCUUUAGCCUGAAAUUCACCUCUAGUUCCAAAGUUAUCAAUUAUAAGAGCCAUUUAAGUCCUGAAUGUUUUUUUUUUUUUUUCUAAGCAAACACUAUGCUCCCUGCUGGAGCGUGCUUCUCUGAUACCAGCCCGGUUUAUAGCAGGAUCUGGCUCAUUUGGCUUUAACUGAGCUAGAAACGGUUCGUGCCCUUGUCCUGAUGAUGAGCUAAGAGGUGAAUUUGGGGCUGGGAUGGGCUGUUCUCGCGUGGCGUGAGUGCAGGUGCUGCACGCCCUCGCCUCCCGCUCGUAAAAAUCUCAGGCUCCGUUGAGCACUGAAGUUUGGUUGUCCUUUAGAAAGCAAAGGCAGCUGCUGCUUUGCUUCCUUUAAUUUGCUCUGUUGCCUUGGCUUUUUUGCACUUUUGUUUCAUCUCCAAAGAACCUCUCAUAAUGCCUUUGGUACUUACGUACGAUUUUCAGACAUUUUGUAUGUAUUGAAUGGUACACACCUUGUAAUAUAGCAAUCGGACUUUUUUUUUUUUUUUUUUUUUGGUGAAUGUGUAAUUUCCUCUGUACAUUUCAAACAUGACUUUGUGCAAUGUACAUUUUAUAGGGACAGAUGCCAAGGGAAUGACCUGUAGUUUUCUAGGGGAAGAGCUAGGAGCCGAACGACACAGACAGAGACGGUUUUACAUUAGCACUGUGGAAGAGCAACAUAGCCCAGACUUUUGCACAGAAGCACUGAGCACGACACAGAGUGUACCUUCACACGAAUGACUGUGGCAGCUGCAAAACUGUAUAUGUGUGAUAGAAACAACAGCGACGGUGGCAAUCAGAAAGGAAAUGGAGGAAAAUUAAAUAAUCACACUCAUUAAUUUAAGCCUCAAAGCAUCAGAAUGGAAAAUUUGCAUUCAGUAAAAAUACUGAAUUAAUGAUUAAUGAUUUAACCUUCAUGAGAUGAAAUACACAUUUAUUUUUCUUUGCA